CUCAGCCAAGCUCAAUACCGCAGUCUUGCGGGUCCUAUGCAGCCUCACGCUUGGAUAUCAGAGUUGAUGAUGGGGACAUAUUCCCUGUACUGCAGAAUAUUCGAGUCAAUCAACUCGUUCCUUUGUCGGAAUGCUCUCUUCUCACUGGCUCUUGAACAGCCAAUUAGCACGUGCCGCUGGAUCCUUCACGAGCACAAUGACCAUAGGGCCACGGCCACGUCCUCGAUUACUCCUCUGCUCGGCUGUGGAGAUAUAUAAAGGAGGCCCGCAGGCUAGCGCGGUUUAUCUGUCAAAAUGUCAUCACUUAAACCCAAAUUUCUCCGGCUUCGGUGCACUCCAGAAUGAGGUCUACACGGAGUCUGGACCGAUACCCUUUUAUAUCGAAAACAGUGCCCCUAGUUCUCAGGGUUGUGCGACAAACUAUGCGGGUCAGACUAGCCACUCAGACGGUAGUAUCUGGCGGGAUACCCGCAGCCCCUGUUCCCUUCUUGGCCACUUAGCCGCUGUUUCCACAGCAUAUGCUUCUCCUGUGACUCGCUGGAAACAGACGGUCUGCAGGCAAGUCUCACGCAGAAUCGACACGGGGCUGUUACCCCUCUAUUCCUCCCUCGCGUACUACUGAGUCAUUUACCUUUACCCAGGCGCUUCUCGAAGUUGCUGCCCUAACAGGUGUGUACAUCGCACUGUUGCGGCCUCGACCCCUUUCCCACAGUCCAUUGUUUUGCAGGCAGCACGCCUUUCCAUCCAGUUCAGUUUUUACAAACCUCUUCCCCGCUUUGUCAGACCAACCGCCGGACGAAAUUACUGCUGAGGGAAUAAUACCUACGCCGACGGAAAACCACGACAA